AGAAACAGAGAGAGAUAAUGACAGGGAGGCAGAGGGAGGCUUUGAGACAGCGCUAGAACAGACAGUGAGCAGAGAGAAUGGGGCUUUGGAGGAUAUAGAGAUAGAGGAGGAAGAAGAAGAAGAAGAAGAAGGCUGGAGAAAGGCAGACAGAAAAGUCAGACAGCAGUGAGAAUCAUCUCUGAGACAGUGGGAAUGACACUUUAAGUGAAAGAGAGAGUCGACCAGACGGAGUGCAUCAGAGUGCUCUCCUCCCAUCUCUAACUACUCCUCUCCUGUCCUGGUCCUGACUGCCGCUGGUGUGUUUGUGUGUGCCCAAGGCUCCAUGGUGUGUUUUAACCAGAGGACUGGCUUACACAGGUCAGAACUGUCUGGGAUAACAGUGAGCACUUUUUCUUUUUUUUCUGCAUUCGUGCAUGCGUGAGAGACUGUUAGCAGAGGAAAGUCGUGUGCUGGUUUCUCCAGAUGCCUCUCUCACUGGCGGAGUCUGCAGUGAAUAUCUGAAACCCCAUCUUCCUCUUCCUCUGCGGUCAACAUGUCCCAGCUGCUCCAUGUGGAGAUCCCGAACUUUGGAGCCACAGUUCUGGGCUCCCUUAAUGAGCAGCGCCUGCUGGGACACUACUGCGAUGUUUCCAUCCUGGUCAAAGGUCAGGCUUUCAAAGCCCAUCGGGCCGUUUUGGCUGCCAGCAGCCUCUACUUUCGUGACCUCUUCAGCAGCUCCACCAAGACCCAGUUUGAGCUGCCCUCCUCAGUCACACCUGCUUGCUUUGAGCAGAUCCUCACUUUCUGCUAUACAGGGAAGCUAACAAUGGCAGCUAGUGAACAGCUGGUGGUCAUGUACACAGCUGGCUACCUCCAAAUUCAGCAUAUAGUUGAAAGAGGCAUGGACCUAAUGUUCAAGGCGAACUCACCUCACUGUGACUCGCAAACAGCAGGGUCUUUAGAGGAAACAGGAUCCGAGCCGCAGAGUCCUUGUAAUAAUGGUAACGGACUAGCGGUGGCUGCCCUUUUGGGAACCCCGGGCUGGUCUCCAUCCCUACUCAUGCCGCAGCGUAAGAUUAAACUCGAAGGGGGUGACCCGACGCCCCUAACAAUACCCACGACACAAAGCAAGAUUUCGUCGACGGAGCUCGGGAGUCGGCUGGCGAGAGCCAGUUCACUGUUCUACUCGGCUGGUGGGACCCCCAUCCCUGGUAUGCCUUCUUACCAAGUUCAGGGGGCCAGUGGGGGUGGAGCAGGAGGUGGAGUUGAAAGGUCCAGUCCUGGAGCCUCCAGCCUGCCAACCACAGACAGUCCUACGUCCUACCAGAAUGAAGAUGAGGAGUUUGAGGAAGAGCCGUAUGAUGGGAUCUCAGAGGAUGCCUACAGUCAUCUCUAUGGACGUUCAGCAAACCCCUACGGGAUCCAGGACAAGCCAGAGAUGGCAGCGGUGCCCUUGGCCUUGGAGAACCGGAACUGUGUGCUGAUCCGCAGGGACCUGGUGGCACUGCCUGCAAGCCUUAUCAGCCAGAUAGGCUACCGCUGCCACCCUAAGCUCUACACCGAGGGGGACCCCGGGGAGAAGCUGGAAUUGGUAGCUGGUACACAGGUGUUCAUGACUCGAGGCCAGCUGAUGAACUGCCAUCUAUGUGCUGGUAUCAAACACAAAGUCUUGCUCCGCCGCCUGCUAGCCACGUUCUUUGAUAGAAACACUUUAGCCAAUAGCUGUGGGACAGGUAUCCGUUCCUCUACUAGUGACCCCAGCAGGAAACCCCUAGACAGCAGGGUCCUCAACGCUGUCAAACUCUACUGUCAAAAUUUCAACCCUAACUUCAAGGAGAGUGAAAUGAAUGUGAUUGCUGCUGACAUGUGCACAAAUGCGAGGCGUGUCCGCAAGCGAUGGCUGCCCAAGAUCAAGUCCAUGCUGCCCGACGGCAUGGACGUGUACCGUGCAGGAAUGGGCAUGGGUGCUGCUGUUGGUCUGGGCCUGGCACUGGGCGCCCCUCAAUCAGGGGUAGCCCUCCCCUUUGAGUCUGACUUCAAGACCCUAGACCAAAGGUUGUAUCCAGAUCGCAAGGACCCUCUCAGGACUCACCCACCGCUGACAGAGGGCAGCCCUGGGUCUGGGGCUGCUGGAGCAGAGGUUGAAGGUGAAGGUGACAGAGUAGUCCAAGAGGAACAGGAGGAAGAUGAGGAUGAAGCUGGGUUAGAGGGUGUAGAUGGAUCACUGGGGGCGCCAACUUUGAUCCCAGGAGCCGAGGCAGGCACUUGUGGUGACACGCCGCCUGAGCAGGAAGUGGAGAGUUUUGGACAAGGUCUGCGGGUGAACGGACAGUGAAUGUCCCUUGGGCUGCCUCUCACGUUGUGAAAUCUGUUUAACACCGCAUUUUCUUUUGCUUGCUCUCUUACUCUUAACAUCUCAUCCACCACUCUCUCUUCUCCUCCGUGCUUCCUCAACAGGAAUUAUACAGCACAAACAGCUGCGCUCGUAGGUCUUACUAUACAGGAAUUUGUCUCACAUGCAUGUGCACACAUGUGCUUGUGUACAUGCAUAAUUACUGUUAAAGGAAGUAGAGCAGCGAUACUAGAAGUAGACACAGGCAUGGCAUUUGCACACUGAGUAAAUCGGCCCUUUCUGCUCCACCCUUUUCUUCGUGUAUUCUGUAUUUACUCAGUAUUUCGGCACCCGCAGCAAUAUUACAAAGGCCUGAUAGCAGAACAAAUGGCUGUAAUGAUUCAUCAUUUCAGUGCAAUACAACAGCAACAGCCGCUUUGCUGGCAGUUUAGGGAGUGUGGUAUAAUGGUUUGUAAAAUGAUUCCUUUUUCUUGGAAAGCUGCAUCUGAAAAUAACCCGUGUAACCUUGGGAAAAACAGAUGAGACAAACACAGCUCGCUUCAAAAGCAGCUCAUUUUGCCGUGUUUGACCACUUCACACCACGUUGUAUGAUAAAUGUGUAUGACUAUAUAACAAAGAUUGUAUUGUAAUUAAAGGUCAAGUACUGUCUUACCACCAUUAAAACAAUUUUACUUUCUUCUCAAAGCAGCACGUGGAUUUUGCGGCAAAGAUGAGGAAGAGUGUUUCUGCUAACGCUAAAGACUUCUAACAAAUAAUCUAUCACAUGGACUUGUUUUUUCACGCAUAUUUGCCCGUGACAUAUCGGAUUAGACUGUCAAUGUGAUGCCUGUGUCUGCUCCAGACCGCCCCUCCCAACCACACACACACACACAUGCGCAGACAUGCGCACACAUUUCUCACCUUAUGAUGCUAGCCUUUAAUGUCUGCACCAAUGCAUUAAAAAUACACUGUCCGCCACCCAAAAAAAAAAAAAAAUAUAUAUAUAACUGUGCUUUUUUUAACUUGAAAGAUCAUUUAGAUUACAUCACUCUGUGAGGAGAGAGACAUGAACAAGAAACCAACAGCUUGCAUGCAUGAAUACAAACAGCGGAUAUGGAGAAUUAUUGAAAACGACAACAAAGCCACAAACCUGCAUCUAAAUAAGAAAACAGCUACUGUUGCCUCGACGUAUGCCAUUAAUACGCAAAAAGGACUUUUUAUCCCAUGUCUCACUGGGAUCUGACCUCAGUCUGACACAUGUUAGAACUGACCUGGGUGUGACCCAGGAGUGACUGUGUUUGACGCAGUGUCUGUCGGAUUUUCUUUUUUAACUGCGGAGCGUGCUGUCACCACGGGUGGAGGAGACUGAAUGUGUGGAGUAGUAAGAGGAGGUGCACUACACUGAGUGGCAGAGGGAAGCAUGUCAGAGAGGAGCACUGUUUCGCCUUGAUGUGGUGGUGUGAUUGGCACCAAGCCAACACAGUCCUGCUUCCAUCCUGUUUAGUUUGUUUUUUCCAUGGUGGGGGGUUGGAGGGGGGGUAAAUUAUUAUUGAAUAAAACUUAUAAGAGCAAUUUCUGCUGGCUUAUUGCAUUUGCACUCGAAAAAAGAGGUUAAAGGGUGGGAAAGUAAUGCUUUUUGGCAAAAUGUGACUGUAUUAAAGACUGAAAAUUUCCUCCACAUCACCCUGAUGAGUUAUUGAAUUAGGGGGUUGUGGGUUUGGAAGGAGAAAACUGGAGUGAGGCAAUGAGUCGCACAGGGACUUAAACCUGUAUUUUCGUAUUUCUUUUCCUUUUUUUUUGACAUUUGUUUUCAUGCUUUCUGCCACGCAUAGGGACGAAGUCCAAACAGCCUUCUUUCAUUGUUUUGUGCAUUGAUUUUAAGAAUACACUGUUGUCUGUUUUUUUUUUUUUUGUUUUUUUUGUUUUCUGGGUGUUCCCGAUCAGCGUCAAAGCACAUUUUAUCACGAGUUCAGACUGUCAAAAUUAGGUGAAUGAACCCCAAAGUUAUUUUUAGGCCCUGUUUUGGGAAAGCGUGGUCAAAAAAUAAAAUGAAUCUGAUUUUUUUUUUUUCCUCUGCAGAAAUUGAUGGCAUAGCCUAACAAGCAAGCGAGAAACACAGUCUAUGGUCCUGAUAUAUUUAAUCUGUCUGUUUAUGCUUCAGUGCUGCGCCACGGGAAAGAACGGGCCAGGUUAUUCUCUGUCUGUGAUCUACAUAUCUUGUUUCGGACUCUUUAGGGGAAGCUUUAAGAUGGCCCUGCACUAGAAACACAGGGUUGUAAUUGCACUUGGUAAUGAUAUGACGUUUACAGUUUAUUGCUUUUUUUUUUUUCUUUUGGAAGAAAUGUGAGAAAACAGGGCCGUGAUGGGAUGGCUGAGAUGAUGAAUGAAUGUAAACUGUAGCACUGCUUCGGCGAGGGGUCCGAGCCUUGACAGAAUAUGUUCAAAUACUCAAAUGCUGUUUAUAUGACCCACUUCUUCAUCAAUUGUACACUCUUAAAAAUGGGCCUAUAUAACAUGAUUUGACUGUGAGGCUGGGUGAUGUUCUAACCUAAAGCUUUUGUGAUUUUUUCAAAUUGAAGUGAACAGGUCUUCCAAUGUGGGGAACACCAGGGAGCAUUUUCCUAGUAUACAGAAAACUGAGCGAUGUUCGAGUACAGACAUUUAGUACGAUAUUGUUUAUUCCAUUUUUAUCCCAAUGCGCUCCUCAUUUUUUAAAAACAUUUUGACAGUUAUGUUUGUCUCUAAUGUUGAAAUAUUCUGAACUGAUCCUGAAACUCUCUGCGUAGAUAUAUUUCAAGAUUUAGCAAAUAAUUUCUUUAUCUCAUUUUUAAUUUAUGAAGCUUCGGGUCCUUAAGUUGCUCUUGUUAAAAAAAAAAAAAAGCAUAAAUAGAGAUAUUCAGUUGUUUAUCAGAGCCACUAGCUUAAUUACUAGACUUUUGAGAGGAUCACCUAUGCUUCUGAUUUUGUCAACCAAGGUAACAGUCUUCCCAAAAUGUAUACAAUUACGGAUUUUAAAACAAAAUCACGGUUAUUACUGUAGAUUACAAAAUAGUUUGCAACUUAAUCAGCCUUUUAAAUUAAAGCCUGUGUGCUCCACUGUUAAACUGUAUAACAUAUACGUUUAUCCUGUCUUGCUCUCUUUGUAUUUUCAUGCACAGUAAGUCUAUGUUUUGGUUUUACUAGGAUCUAUUAUCAAACAGGCAGAAUUGGGUCAACAUUUUAACUUGGAGGAAUUUGAUAUAAGCUUCAAUUAACACAAAGCGGUAAAUAAUAUAGAGUGAAACAUUGAUAUACUACACUGUCUGGAUAAAGGGGUGUGGAGCAGUGCCUUAGACUGUGACUGUGUGGGUGUGGAUGUUGUGAUGUGGACCUUUAUGUUCAGAGAUGAACAAAACAAAGUACCUGUAGGGAUAGAUUUUUUUUUCUUCACUGAAGUUAUGACUAAAAUUGGCCUUGUUUGCUCGUUUAGUAUAAUGCAUGUGAUAUUUUAAUCGCUCCUUUUCUAAUGUUUGCCAUCUGUCAUCUCAUUCUUUCAGGACAAAGACAAACUCAUGAAAAUAGAUUUGCUACACUUAUCAACAGCAACAGUAUGAUUAACAUCAUCUAUAUGAUUGACCGACAACCCAAAAAUUAUUUAAAGAUGAUAUGAUAUUGUACACAGAUUUCACAUUUCAGCUUAUUCACUUUUUGUUCCACAAAAAAAUACCAAACUUUUUUAGGAAAUUAUUUGUUUUGUUUUGUUUUGUUUUUUGCUCUCUUCUGCUUAGGGUCUUUUUCUCUUGUGCAGAGUGAAUUUGAACAUGAAUGAUGUUGCACUAUACUGUAAACAGAGGAAUUCGUGAGAGAACCUGAUGGCUAACCCCUGGGGAGGAUGAGCUCUGUUUUAGGUGGCUGAAAGAAAAGCCAGUCUAAAAUGUAUGUCAUGUUAUGUAUUUUUACAUAUACUGUGUCUUUGAUUGAAAGCUGCGUUUCUUUCACAGCAACUCUCUUGUUAAGAAUGCUUUUUUUUAAUUCAGUGACAGAAAUGUGUCUUUUGCAGUAUCUGUCAUUCAUCCAGAUGAUCAUUGAAAAUGAUAAAAUAAGAUAUAGGGUGGGAUUGUUGGUUGAAAAGAAGCUAUUUUCACAAACAUUUCUUUGCAAAUAAAUUGUUACUUCCUUUCUAAAAACUUACACAGUGCUCUGUUCAUCCCCCAUUACUGUCAAACUAAUGGGCACAGGAGUCUUUGUUCCACUGAGGGGUUUAUCCUGAAAACAACACAUUUAUAUGCAAAGAGACACUUGUAUCAUAAAAUGCAUGCCAUUGAGACACUCACUCUAACCCAAUGAAACCUCUGAUCUUUAUGCACCAUGUAUUUUAUGCUGAAUAACUGUUGUCACUGUUAGCAAACAAAGACUGUGGAGUCUUGCAAUGAGAAGGGUUGUAUUUUUAUCACACAACCUGGCCUUUUAUUGAAUGUUUAGGUAAAGUUUAACCUAUUACAAUAAUGAAAGCAAAGUAGUGGUAAAGAGUGGAAUACAUUGACUAACUACCCAGUUGAGUGUAUUUUUGAACCUUCAGCAGACUCAGAAAAAAAUGCACUAAAAGUUUGUAUGUGUAUGUAUGUGUCCUUGAACAUAAUGCCAGCACUUUAGAACUACUUAGACAAAUGAAAGAAAAGACAAAAGGGCGACUGAGGGUUAGGAGAAGGAGGAGAAAACGCAACUUUUAAAGCCAUGUGUUCAGAGCGCUGACAAUCAGAGUAGGGAUGAGACCCAAAGUGCAUUAUGGGAGAUCUGACAUGACUUGCUGUGCUCUUGCUGUUUGCUUUGUCUUUCUCCAGCUUGCUUUGGUCUGUGCUAGCUUACUUUCCAGAGUGGAGGGACAUGGUGAUGUUAACUCAAGCCUUUUUGGUUAUAAGUGUGUGUCUCUGCAACAAGGACUGGUGGAUAUUUGGCUGAUACCUUGGUGCUCCGUGAACAAAGCUGUCCCAUGUUGACAUGGACCAUAACUGUAAAGCUCUGGUAGGCAUGGGCCGAACACGGUCCUUAGUCUGGGCUUAUUGGUAACCUCUCAAUGGACAACAGUCGAAAGACUGAGGAUCUUAUCAUGCAACCCUACACUUUGAUCAUGGUAAUGUUCUUCACUAUCAACAGGGCUUGGACCAGGCAAACUGGGAUGGGACAAUUUCAAUGUUGAUACUGCUUUAUGUUUCAGAUGAAAAAUGUUAAAAUGUUUAUGCGCCUUCUGACUCAAGCAUCAAUAAUAUAUACAACAGAAAUGCAAGUUGCCACUUUUGAUGUUGCAUAAGAAUCUACCUUUCAUUCCCAUCAUGGUAUUUGCCAUCACCAGUUUCAGUUGUGUAGUCCAAGAGUACCUGAUUUCUUUAAAUGCAAUACAGAAAAAUCUGCUUUCUAAUAAAAGUCCUUACUUCACCA